AUGGUCUCCUUUCCGCGACGAUUCCUCCGCCGUCAGCGGCACGAGGAUCGCCAGACCACUCCGCUGGUGGUUUUAAACCGCCAGCUUCCCAUGCUGCAUCUGCAGGACACGGCGCGGAACAAUUGCAUCGCCACGCUGGGCGAGUUCGUUGGCACGUUCCUCUUCCUGUUCUUUGCGUUUGCGGGCACCCAGGUCGCCAAUACGCCGAAGCCCGUGGAAGGCGCAUACCCGAAUACCUCGAAUCUGCUGUAUUCGUCGUUGUCGUUUGGGUUUUCGUUGAUGGUGAACGUGUGGGCUUUCUAUCGCGUCACGGGGGGAUUGUUUAACCCAGCUGUCACUCUCGCGCUGUGCCUGGUCGGAGGCAUGUCGCCUCUCCGAGGCGGACUGGUCUUCGUAGCGCAGCUCGUGGCCGGGAUCGCGUCUGCGGGCGUUGUCAGCGCCCUAUUUCCGGGCGAUUUGAACGUCGGGACGCGGUUAGGCGGCGGGGCUUCGAUCUCGCAGGGCCUGUUCAUCGAGAUGUUUCUGACCGCGCAGCUAGUGCUGGUCGUGAUCAUGCUGGCCGUGGUGAAGCACAAAGCGACCUUCUUGGCGCCCGUGUGUAUUGGGCUGGUCUUCUUCGUGACGGAGAUGAUUGGCGACUACUACACCGGCGGCUCCCUGAACCCUGCCCGCUCGCUCGGCCCGGACGUCAUCAACCGCAGCUUCCCAGGCUAUCACUGGAUCUAUUGGAUCGGGCCGCUGCUGGGCUCGCUACUGGCCUGUGGGUUCUAUACCAUGAUCUCGAAGUUCUCAUAUCAUACCGUCAACCCGGGUCAGGAUUUCAACGAGUGGGAGGCAAAGCUGGGUCCUGGGUCGUGGGACAACGCUAUCCACCGUUUGUCAUUGUCGGAUACUACCACGCUAGACCAUCCGCAGUCGCCGCGUGCUGGAGGCCAUCGAGCCAGUCAUCUCAGUCACGCGGAUAAUUACGGAGUCUCAAGUACGGAUAUUGAAGACUCCGUGCUGGGACGUGUGGAGGACCUGAAAUUUGCGAAGACGGCCAAGUGGAGGGAUCGGCGUGGUGGUGGAGAUGAGCUGGACCAAUCAGUGAAUCUGGAUAGCUGGAUUGGGAUCGAAAUCUGGCCAUUUUCCCAGGGAAUUGGAUCGAAGUCUGGAUCGUGUGGAGGAGAGGAGUCCGGAGGGAUCGUUCGGAGUGGUUUGUGUCGGGAUCGAACGACUGGUGGGAUAGCCAGAUGCUGA